AUGGCCAAUCGUACGCGUAACAAUACGACCAAAAUCGAGGCUCAGAUUGAGAGUUGCCGCAGCGAAGGCAAAUGGCAGCGCGUCAUCGAAUUGACGGACGAGCUGAAAACGGGAUCGCCACAUAACGAAUGCCUGGCCAACUUUCUGAUGGGCGAGGCGCGCUUGGAAAGUUAUCUGGAGGAGCAUGCAGUGGCGCCCGAAACGAACUUUGGACGGGCCAAAAGCGGCCUGGUCGAUGCGAGACGUUACCUGAAUCUGGCCCUGGGCGAAAGCGGCCAAAAGGCGGGCAUUGCACUUGACGCCUAUCUGCUGUUGGCCAAAUUGUGUUACGCCUGUGGAGAGUUCGAGCAGAGUCUGGAGAACUUUGUCAAGGCAGAGCUGAAUACACUCGCCGAAAAGGAACUGACAUUACGCAGUCUCAAGAUUCUGGCCGAGUCGUAUGCCAUAAAAGGACUCUGUCUGGAGCAGCAGUCAACCAAGCCCACAUCCAAGUUCAAAAAGGCCGAAAAGGAUACGGAAAUGAUCUGUUGCUUUGAGCGCGCCUCCGAUUUGGGUCUGUUGUAUCUGCAGGAGUACGACAUUGGCUGUGGCAGCAACAACUCGUCAAACAAUUCCACCGCCGGCUCCACGUUGAAUGUCAAUGCAGGCGGCGGUGUUCAGCAAUCGUCGAGCAGCUUUGCGAUCAGCAGCACAAUACCGAGCAGCAGUGUAACGUUGGAGGUGAAUCGACGCAUGGGCGCCAUACUGGAGACGGCGUUGCAACGUGCGCCCAUUGUGCUGAUCAAGGCAGGCAAGUUGCAGGUGGCUGUGGAGCGUUAUCGGAUCAUGUUGAAUGCCAUCGAGACGCGGGCAACGCAAUCGUUGCGUUUAACUUUGGCUCGCCAGCUGGCAGAGGUUUUGUUGCGCGGUGUGUCGGGAACGAUUUAUACACCGCCAUUUACCACCAAAACCGGUGGCAGCACAUUGCGCGGCGGUGGCGCCACCAAGCGUCUGUGGAAGCCACGCAAAUAUGCGGGACGUCAACAGUUUACGCCACGCAAUCAACAGGAGGAAAUCAUACUCCUGCUCCUCAUUGCCGAGGCACACGCCGUGCGCGACACUGUGCUCUCCCAGAGUCCGGACUUUCGGCUGGCCCGUCAACAUGCCAUGGGCAAUGUGACGGCUGUCUAUGAUCUCCUCACACUCACUACCGUCCGCUGGGGUCUCGUCCAGCUGCUCAACGAGUCCUUUGAGAAGGCCCUCAAGUUCAGUUUCGGUGAGCAGCACAUCUGGCGACAGUACGGACUCAGUUUGAUGGCCGCCGAGAAGCAUUCGCAUGCUCUGCGAGUGCUCCAAGAGUCCAUGAAGCUAACACCUGGCGAUCCGUUGCCCUGUCUGCUGGCGUCACGUCUCUGCUAUGAGAGUCUGGAGACGGUUAAGCAGGGUUUAGAUUAUGCCCAGCAGGCGCUUAAGCGAGAGGUCAAAGGUUUGCGUCCAUCUCGCAGUCAACUCUUUGUAGGAAUUGGCCAUCAACAGUUGGCCAUACAGGCGACAUUGAAGAGCGAACGUGAUGCAUAUAACAAAUUGGCACUGGAGUCUCUGGAGAGGGCGGUGCAACAGGAUGGGAAUGAUCAUCUAGCAGAGUAUUAUUUAUCACUACAAUAUGCACUACUUAAUCAACUGGGCGAGGCUUUGAGUCACAUACGCUUUGCAUUGGCAUUACGUAUGGAGCAUGCACCUUGUUUGCAUUUGUUUGCGCUGCUUUUGACAGCAUCGCGACGUCCAAGGGAGGCGCUGGGCGUGGUUGAGGAUGCACUGCAUGAGUUUCCCGAUAAUCUGCAGUUGUUGCAUGUCAAGGCGCAUCUGCAACUCAAUCUGGAGGAUGCAGAGACGGCUCUGGCAACGGUUCAACAUAUGCUCGCCGUCUGGCGGGAAGUAUAUGAAGCUCAGCUCGCCGGUGAGGAGGAGAAACAUUCCGAUACUAAAAGUGGCGUCCACUUGAUGCAUUCAUCGCAAAUGUCCGACAAGGACUCGAAUUCCGUUUAUGCUGCUUCCUUGGCUGCAGUUUCCCGCGUGGAGCAGGCAUUAAGUGAGGCAGCCAGUUCACUGAGCUCCUUUACCCAACGUCCAGGACCGCGACGUCCCUGGAUGCUACAAAUUGAGAUCUGGCUGCUGCUGGCUGACCUCUAUAUGCGCAUCGAUCAGCCCAACGAGUCACUUAAUUGCAUUCACGAAGCUACACAAAUCUAUCCGCUAUCACAUCAGAUAAUGUUUAUGCGUGGUCAGGUGCAUGUCUAUCUGGAGCAAUGGCUGGAUGCUAAACAAUGCUUCCUUAAUGCUGUUGCCGCCAAUCCGAACCACACGGAAGCAUUGCGUGCUUUGGGAGAAACACAUUUAAUGCUCGGCGAGCCGAGAUUGGCUGAGAAAAUGCUCAAGGAUGCUGCCAAAUUGGAUCCCAACUGUCCCAAAAUAUGGUUUGCUUUGGGACAAGUUAUGCAGACCUUGGGCGAUUUUAAUUCCUCGGCAGAUUGUUUUGCCACAUCGUUGCAAUUGGAGCCCUCGUGUCCUGUGCUGCCGUUUACCUCGAUACCUCUAGUUUUCGAAUAGGCAUUUUUAUUAUAAUUGUGCAUUUGAUUUGUUAUUUUCUUUAUUCCGUUAUUACUGUAGUAUACCUCAACUAACCUCAACAACAAACAGAGCAAUAUUACUUACUAGACAUUAAAUAUUAUAUAACAAUUUAUUAUUUUUACUUAUUUUUUUGUUGUUUGUUAUUGUCAGUAUUAAGACAAGCGUUUAAUGGUGUAAAUUGAGUGUGUAAAUUAUUAGCUAGCCCCAUAAAAAAAUGUUCAUUAUAUAUUCAAACUAAUCUAAGCUCUCGACUUAUUAUAAACAAUUACUUAUAUAAACCUAUAAAGAAACUUAAACCAUCUGAAUUAACCCAAGUUAAUUAUUUUUUAAUUUUAUUCCUUCAGUCUAUGCAAUGUAUCUAAAGUUUAGGUAUUUUGUUAUUGGAAUUUAUGAAAAACUAUUGAAUUUAAUUGUUUAUGUACGUUAUCUAUUGCAUAAUAUUAUAUACGUAAACUUAUACAACUGUAUACCAAACUAAUUAUAUGAUUAU